AUGUCGACCGAAACAAUGGACGUGGACACCGCCCCCCCAGCAGCCGAAGCACCCAAAAACGGCACCUCGUCUCCCACCGAGACCACGAAAAAGUCGUCCGCGACCGCGGGCGCCGAGGCUCGCACGGCUCAGAAUGCCGUCGCGGUCCGCAGCAUCGAGGGGUGGAUCGUGAUCGCGACCAACAUCCACGAGGAAGCCACCGAGGAGGAUAUCCACGAUCUGUUCGCCGAGUACGGGGACAUCAAGAAUUUGCAUUUGAACCUGGAUCGGAGGACGGGCUACGUCAAGGGCUACGUCCUGAUCGAAUACCCAACCCAAGUCGAAGCGCAAGCCGCCAUCAAGGCCCUCGACGGCGCAAAACUCCUCGACCAGACCAUCUCCGUCGACUACGCCUUUGUGCGCCCACCCCCCAGGGACAAAGGAAGCAGCCGUGCCAGCGGCGUCGCAACCAAGGGCCGUGGCGCCGGCGGCAGAGGCGGGAGGAGUCGAAGCCGGAGCAAGUCGCGCAGCAGAGAGAGCAAGAGCAGGAGUCGGAGUCGCGACCGAGACAGGCGGAGGGACAACCGGGACGAGGGGGACAAAAUGGACAGAGAUUGA